GCCAUGUUCACAGCCGAUAUGAAAGAAAAAUCCAAAGACCAGAUCAGCCUUCCCGGGCUCAGCCAUGCAGUACUGGAAGCUCUCGUGAAUUACGCAUACACAUCACAGAUCCAGAUAACAAAGAGAAAUGUCCAAAGCCUACUCCAGGCUGCAGACCUGCUCCAGUUCGUGUCAGUAAAGAAAGCCUGUGAGCAGUUUCUGGUAAGACACUUAGAUACUGACAACUGCAUUGGGAUGCACUCCUUUGCUGAAUAUCAUGAUUGCUCCGAGCUGGAGAAAGAGUCCAGAAGGAUAUUGUUAUGGCAGUUUGAAGAAGUGUGGAAGCAGGAAGAGUUUCUGGACAUUGGCAAGGAGAAGCUCUCUUAUAUUCUCUCCAGGGAGAAUCUCAAUGUUCUUAAAGAAGAGGCAGCCAUUGAAGCUGUCAUUAAGUGGGUGGCACACAACGUGGAAGGAAGAAUUGAAGACAUCUGUGAAGUGCUGAGCUGCAUCAAAUUAGACAUAGAUAAUGUGUAUUUGAGGUCAGCUUUAAGCCUGCAAAAAAAAUGCCGACUCAAUGAGACUAAGAUAAGGUCACUCAUAUAUAAUGCCCUGAACCUCAAUCCCAAAGGUCUUUCCAGAAGAUCCACAGCAGCCAUGUAUGUAAUUGGAGGAUAUUACUGGCAUCCCUUAUCUGAAGUGCAUGUUUGGGAUCCUUUAACCAACACAUGGGUCCAGGGAACAGAGAUGCCAGAUCACACCAGAGAGAGCUAUGGGGUCACUAGUUUGGGACCAGACAUAUAUGUGACAGGAGGUUACAGAACAGAGAGUAUUGAAGCUCUUGACACUGUGUGGAUAUAUAACAGCGAGAGAGAUGAAUGGACAGAAGGCUGCCCCAUGCUCGAUGCAAGGUAUUACCACUGCGCUGUUUCCUUGAGUGGCUGCAUUUAUGCAUUGGGAGGGUACCGAAAGGGAGCUCCAGUCCAAGAAGCUGAGUUUUAUGAUCCUUUAAUACAAAAAUGGCUUCCCAUUGCAAACAUGAUCAAAGGAGUUGGAAAUGCCACUGCCUGUGUCCUGCAUGAAGUCAUCUAUGUCGCUGGAGGUCACUAUGGGUACAGGGGAAGCUGCACCUACGAUAAAAUCCAGAGAUACCAUUCAGCUAGCAAUGAGUGGAGUAUAGUCACCACAAGUCCACAUCCAGAGUAUGGAUUGUGUUCAAUUACAUUACAAAACAAGAUCUAUUUUGUGGGUGGACAGACCACGAUCACUGACUGCUAUGACCCAGAGCAAAAUGAGUGGAUGCAGAUGGCUCACAUGAUGGAGAGAAGGAUGGAGUGUGGCACAGUGGUUAUGAACGGAUGCAUCUAUGUAACAGGAGGAUAUUCCUAUUCAAAAGGAACAUACCUGCAGAGCAUUGAGAAAUACGACCCUGAGCUGAACAAAUGGGAAGCACUGGUAAAAAUGGCUGAAAAUGGAAAUGGUGAAAAUAUGUCUAUCUUGGAAAGCAAAAUCUGUCAGCAAAUUGAGUACUAUUUUGGCAAUCACAAUCUACCAAGAGACAAGUUUCUAAAGGAACAGAUCAAACUAGAUGAUGGCUGGGUGCCUUUAGAAGUAAUGAUCAAAUUCAACAGGUUAAGUCGCCUUUCAAAAGAUUUUGGUGUUAUUGUAGAAGCACUGAGAAAAUCCAAGACUGGUUUAAUGGAAAUAAAUGAAGACAAAACUAAAAUCAGAAGAUCUCCAAAUAAACCCCUUCCUGAAUUAAAUGACCAGUAUAAGGCUGCAAUUAAAAACAGAUCUGUAUAUGUUAAAGGCUUUCCACUAGAUGCUACUCUUGAUGAUAUCAAAGAAUGGCUUGAGGAUAAAGGUCCAGUUGAAAAUAUUCAAAUGAGGAGAACAUUGCAGAGAACUUUUAAGGGCUCAAUAUUUGCAGUUUUUGAUAGUGUUGAAUCUGCUAAGAAGUUCACAGAGAUACCAAAUCAAAAAUACAAAGACACAGAGCUGAUAGUACUUUUCAAGGAAGAGUAUUGUACAAAGAAGAAUGAAGAAAGGAAACAAAACAAAGUAGAAGCAAAAGCAAGAGCUAAACAGGAAAAAGAAGAAAAGCAGAAACAAGCAGCAGAUGCUGAAAUGAAGUCUCUGGAAGAAAAGACAGGAUGUCUUUUGAAGUUUUCUGGUGAUCUAGAUGACCAAACGUGCAGAGAAGACCUCCAUGAUGUGUUUUCUGGUCACGGAGAAAUCAAGUGGAUACACUUUGUUAGAGGUGCGAAGGAGGGAAUUAUCCUAUUUAAGGAUAUUGCCAAAGAAGCUCUGGAAAAAGCCAAAGCAGCACAUAAUGGGAACCUGCAGCUCCGGAACAAGAACGUUGCAUGGGAAGUGCUAGAAGGAGAUGCAGAGAAAGAAGCUCUGAAAAAAAUCCUGGAUGAUCAGCAGGAAUUGCUGAAACAGAAAACAAAAGGGCGCAAAAUUAAAGGAAAAGGAAGAGGGGGAAAGAUGCCUCAGGGUGCACAAAAAGGAAAAGUACAGUUUCAGGGCAAGAAAAUAAAGUUUGAGAAUGACGAAGAAGAUGGUGAAAACAAUACUAAAACAGAACCAGCAAGUCCCAAGAAGAGACCACUAGAAGAAACAGAAAAGGAGGAACCUGCACCAAAACAACUGAAAACAGAAAAUGGAGAUGGCAAUCAGUAAUACUAAAAUAAAAUAAUUUUAAAAAAUAGUGGUUUUAUUGUUCCAUUUUCAAUAGAUUUUUAAAUACGUGCCUCAGUUCAGGACUUUUUUGGCAGAAAAUCUAAUGAAAUCCACUUCAAUGUCAACCUACAAUUAGAGAAAAGUUUCAUUUUAUUGCGUUACAGCUUUUUUUUGUUUAAGAAGCAUGCUUACUGCUAACAUAAAACCCUGGAAAACUUUUCUAUUUAUAGUUUUGUUUAUACUGUCAGAUCUUCUCAAUUUUUCUGGCAUCACAUUCAAAUGUAAAAGGUUUUGGACUUUGUAAUCUUGUGGUUAUGUUUAAUAGCAGCUGGUAAUAAAUUCAGAACUUAAAACUG